UUGGAGACCUCCAUUCUAGGCUUGGACCUCCAUUGCAUCAUGCAACAACUUUACAUUUUGGUUGCUGCCAUUACCCUCGCUCGUAGUGAUGAAUACCCAACUGAUUACAUUGCACCUCCGACAGAUCUUCAAGAAUAUUACCCUCAAUCCUAUCCCGAAGCAUACAACCCAUAUUACAUUGAUUCGAGAACCGUCUUCUCGGGGGAAAAUGGAGGAAUCGGGAUUCCCGUGGUUGCGGCAUUGGGUGUGGGCGGUCUAGCUGUCGGAUUGGCUAUAGUUCAACACUCGGCCCUGAAGAGGGAACGGAUUCGGAGCCAGGUCUCGACCGAUCAGACGAUUGCCGCAGCCCUAACAUCGUUGACAACCUCGCAAACCUCAUCCUUGGCCUCUUUAGUGACAGCACAAGCGCCAGUGACGGCAAGGGUGGAUCAAGUCUGUUCAGCCUUUACCGCCGCUUCUGCAGCCAUUCCCGACCCAGUCCCUUCCACCGUCCCUACUGUAGCACCUGUUGUGGCUGCGUUUUUGGCCGCCUUACAAAAUAAUUUGUGCGUUUAAAACCAAAUGAUAUGUAUUUACUUGUUAAAUCAUAGAUGGGAAGACAAGUGGCUUAGCUCAUUGACUUUUGUUAAAUGGGAAUGAAAGCCUUUGAGCCAUACCACAUCAGCAAUUGUCAUUUGUGUCGCCAUGCAUUUCAUUCAAUGUGCUGUUAUGCCUUUAUUCUUGUUUUGAAUGUGUUUAGAUUGAUAAGGAUCAUCUGCUUGGUUCAUGUAUCGUUCUUUGACGAAAAUGCUCCAUUUGUGCAAAGUUUUAUUUAUUUUUGAAAUACAAGAUAGAUUAAAAACACUAAUCAACCAGUCUACUCUCUGUGAGCUUGUUCCUACCCU